AGCAAAACAAACCUAAGGAUCCUUUAUAAUUCUCUUGUCGGCGAUAUUCCACCAUUCCACAAUAAUACCUAGUACUCGACUAGUCACCACGGAAGCAACCUAGACCUCAUUAUCAUAUUUUUUUACCCUCAGUAUUGCUCUUCAUAAAAAUACUAUGCAAUGGCUGCUGUAAUUGGGGAUUUCGUAACGGAUCACACCCGACUUCAUAACAUGAUAGCAGCCUCAGGUUUGCCCCACGACCAUUCUCACUCGCGACCUCGCGAAUCCUCAUUUCGUUCCGAUUCAAGGAACCGACCGCGUGAGACUACUUCAUCUCAAAGAGCGCAUUCGCCCAACUAUCGCCCUUCCGUACCGAGCGCAACCCCUUCUAAAAGAUCCUGGGAAUCUGCCGAGACGGAAGCAGAUCCUAGACAAAUCUCAUCCACCGGUGGUGCCUCACGAUUUCCCACCCCGCCCGAUUCUUCUUCGCCGAACCCCGCUUCUGCCCGCGUAAGAGCACAGAAUGCGAAGAGUCCCUCGUCCGAAUUUAUGGCAAUGGAAAUCCAGAAUACCGCGUCUGCAGUAACAAGUAGUUCUACGCCUACUCCCACCCAGCAGCAACCCUCCCCCGAUUCCGAUGCACACAGGUCACCUACCCCGCGGGUCCUUGCUGACAUUCCCCCGAGCCCGCAACAAGGCCAUACUGUCAUUGUGCGCGAUCUUGCUCACAUUCAAAGCCUUGCUCGGGCUGAUAUAAUGAAUGGAGGAAAUGGCCCAGGAAUAUUAAACGAUGCCCCGCUUCAGGCCAUGAAGUAUGAAAUUAGUCAAAUGCCCAUUGGCGAUAUCAUCGAGAUGGUCGCCGCUCUUCUAACGAAGAUCACCACCACCAACGACCUUCAACACGAUGCCCUGCAUAGAAAUGCAACGCAUCAGCAAACCGCUGCUACGCACAACAAUGAGGGCACUUCCAUGAGCCCCCUUAGCAGCUCUGUACUUGCGUUUCAUGGCAAAAACAUCCCAGCAAUCACGAUUCUGAGUUAUUUGAGCAGGAUCCACAAGUACUGUCCCACCACCUAUGAGGUGUUUCUCAGUCUUCUGGUCUACUUUGAUCGAAUGACAGAGCGAGUUAAUACUAAGGUCAUGGAGGCAGAAGCAACGCGGAAGCAAACACAAGCUCGACCCAGCCAAUCUAAUGAUAUCGAAAUGCAAGACGGCGGCAGCGACGAUAGUGACGCAACCGACUCUGAUUUUAUUGACGAUGCUGAUGAAAAAGGAAAGGCUAGAACAACGCGCGAAAGGCGUGUCAAAGCACAACCUUCUUCGCCGCCGGCUACCUACUUUGUUGUUGACAGCUUCAACAUACAUCGUCUGAUAAUUGCAGGCAUUACUUGUGCGAGCAAAUUCUUCUCGGAUGUUUUCUAUACCAAUUCGAGAUAUGGCAAGGUUGGCGGCCUUCCGUUAGCAGAGCUCAACCAUCUUGAGUUACAAUUUCUACUUUUGAACGAUUUCCGGCUCGCCGUGCCCGUCGAGGACUUGGAAGCAUAUGCCACAAUGCUAGUCGAAUUUUACGCACGAGAAGUAGUCGCUCAACGUUCCCGACCAAUGGCUGGGACUGAGUGAGGCCACAAACCAGAGUUUUCAGGACGACGAUAUGAAGAGACGUACUUGACGCCUUGAAAUACAUAUCCAGUCAGAUUAGGUCCAUGUGUAUGACACGUGAUUACCCGCGGUCAACUGCAUAUUAGCAACACUACUGCUACUCCCCGUCAGGGACUUGGGAGGAGAAAUGCCACAUGGUGUAGGAUUAAGAACCUACCUGGCCAAGGAUGGAAAAGGCCUUGGCUUGAACGACUUGGUGACAAUAGGCCAGUGUAUCGGAUUUAUAUUUAUGAGGGGAGGGUAGCAUACCCCGAGAUGAUGAUUCCCGAAGACGAAUAUGACCUAGUUAGUUGCGCCUUGGUACGGGGAUAUGAGGAAGGAGAGGUCAAGGAGGGAAGGUUGCAAGGGGGGAAGAAAUGAGGCUGGAAGAGCUACUAAUGUCAUACAUAUUUGAUACCCGGAUAGAUUUUUUUCUUUUCAUGAAAUAAUUCGGGUUCUGUCUUACCAAUACGUGCGGUUCCGUGGUGCGACUUGUUUGAUUUUUAGUGUGAUAGUUACCUACGUAGAUGGCCGAAAGCGGGACAGCGGUUUCUAGGAAGCAACAAGCAGGAUGGAAAGGUCAUGACUAUGAAGGUAUAUCUAUCUGGAUAGAUUGUCAUGAGUUAUGCGUAUUCUUCUAAGCUAGGUAUCAAGCUUUGUAUUAAUAAAGUGGAAGUGAUUUAAAAGUCUUGUCUUGG